AUGUCGGAGCUCCGUCAGCGACAAUCAACUACAGAAUCUGGGUCCAACCGUGCCCCAGAUUCAACAGCGACCCGGCGCACACAGCAGCCCGCCGACAAUGGCGACGCCGACGCAGAAGACCGCGGCAUCAGCGUCGUGGACAUCAUCCGCGUCCUCGCCACCCUCGUCCUAGCCUCGUGCGGGCUCUCCUAUUACAUGACGGAGUCGGAGUCGCUACUAUGGGGGUAUCGGCCAUGGUUUACACGAUGGCCGAUGGUGAAGCUGUACAUGAACGGCCCCAUUAACCUCACCCCCUCCCAACUCUCCCUCUACAACGGCACCGACCCCUCCCUCCCCAUUUACCUCGCCGUCAACGCCUCCAUCUUCGACGUCUCCGCCAACCCCAUGGUCUACGGGCCCGGCGGCAGUUACAAUUUCUUUGCCGGACGCGACGCCACGCGCGCGUUUGUGACUGGUUGUUUCCAGGAGGACCUCACCCCGGACUUGCGGGGCGUCGAGGAAAUGUUUCUGCCGGUGGAGGAUGCUGAUGCUGAUGAAGUUGGGUCCGCAGGUAGUGGCGGGCUGACGUCUGCGCAGAAGAAGAUUCGGCGCGAGAGGGAGAUCAGGCUGGCCAGGGCGCAGGUUGAGAAGACGGUUCGGCGGUGGGAGGGGUUCUUUCGGAAUCAUAAGAGGUAUUUUCAGGUGGGUAGGGUCGUGGAUAUUCAGUCGCUGGAGGGUACGCAGACCAGGCCGCUUUGUGAGGGGGCUGCAACGCAGAGGCCUAAGAGGAGUGAGAUGGAUAAGUCGUGA